AUGAGGGUGUAUGAAUGAUCGUGGAUGAGGCUAAAUGAAGGUGAAUAAGGGGAAUGAAUGGAAAAAAUGGGUGAACAAGGUAUUAUCAGCGGUAUUGGGUAUGGUCAGCGGUUUAUUAUCAAAAGGCUCGGAGCCAUUCCUACAAAAAAAUUAGUGGCUACUCUGUCUGCAUUCUGUUCGUUGGCCAUUAGAAGUCUGGGUUCUAGUCACCAGCUCCUGAGCGAUUUUUCGUUUGAAACGCCUGACUGUUUUAACUGAAAGGCUAUUUCGACCAUGAAGCCUCCAAUAGUUACUCUACGUUUUGCCCUAUAUGGCUGCAAGAAUAGGCCUUUCUUUUUCAUCGUGGCAACCAACAGAAAAAGGCCUCGAAACUAUGGAUAUCUGGAGCAGGUGGGGACUUUCGAUCCAAUACCUAACACCAGAAAUGAAAAGCUGGCAGGCUUAAACAUGGAUAGAAUAAAAUAUUGGUUAUCGGUAGGAGCAAGACCUUCAAAACCUGUGGCUAUUUUACUAGGACUGGCUGGCAUUCUUCCACCACAUCCUCGUAGUCUAGUUACUGCUGCAAAAAACCGGGAAGCCCUGGCUGCUGGAGCUCUGAGUACAGAUGUUUUGGAAGGAGCUGAAAAGGAUGAAGAAGAACAAGAAAAUGCAGAAGAUUCAUAAAGUUCCAUUUGGUGCUUAAAGAUGGGAGAUUCUUGCAUAUAUUAAAUGUUUCAGGGUUCCUUCUAGCUCAAACAGGACUUUUAAAGGUAGAAAUGACUUGGCAACAGACUAGUAAUCUAGCUAUUUUUACAUUUUGAUUGAUUAAAGAGAGCCAAAACAUUAAUAAAAAUAAAUCUGCCAUACCAGCUUUUCACAUAAAGGCAUACAAAAUUUUUGGUAAGCUUGUGUGAUACUAACUGAGGACUACUAUACAUAUAAGUAAUCUUUCACAAGGACAGGUUUUGGUUUUGGAUUUCAAGUCACAUGAGCCUGACAACUGGUCUCCCAAAGUAGGCAGGAAUUGAGCUGAGCAAUCUUUCUUCAUGAGUUAUGAGUUAUGCUUUGAAAUAGAAGUUAUGGCCUAAGUCAUUUCACUGAUGUGAAAUAAAUUUAUGACGAAAGUUACGUAGUCUUCUUCUGAGCAGACUGAUCACAAGCUUAUCUCAAGCACAGGAAAGGAACUUUAAUAUGAAUAGCAUGUGAGAAGGGCCCCAUUUGAGUCACACGCAUGAGUGGCAAAGAGCAACUAGUACAUGAGGGAAGCAUUCCAGUGAAGAAGGGUCUGGUGAAGAGGCACCAAUGAAGUGACUUUUCUUGCUGCUCUCAUGUGUGCUCUGCAAACAUGAGCUUUCUCACAGACUAGAAUAUGAACUCCAUAGAAUGCUCAGCGGUAUCACAAUGAUAAUUUCUUUCACAUUGCAUUCACAAAAUAAUAAUUAUAGACCUUUCUACCAAUAUGCCAGUCAUUUUGAAUUCAGUUGUUUCAAACAGGUAUUAUGGGACGCUCAGGGGAAAAACUGGUGUUGUAUUUGCCCCCUAAGCAUCCCAUAAUAGCAAUUUGAAACAAUGGAAUUAAAAAAGGCUGUUUUCAUUGGUUAGAAGGUCUAUUUACCAUGCAAUACACACAAUACACUAACCAACACCAUGUGAAAUCAUUUUUAUAAUUACUUGGUAUUUCAUUUUAAUUUUAAUGUAACUUGUUUAGUAGUAUUAGUACUGAAAAUCCCCCAUAGGGAGUGCUAAUAAAAUUUGCAUUGUAUUGUAUUGCAUUGGGAAAUGGACUGGCAGUCUCGAGAUCAUGUUACUUUCUGAUGAGAGCAAAUAACAAAAAAAAAUAAUGUCCACUUGGUAUCAUGGUCUUACAUGUUUGAAAAGACAAAUUGAUGUGUAUUUACUUGUAGAAAGUCUGCACUCUCAUUUUGCUACAUGUAAAUUCUUUAUCAAUGAAAAUUUUUACAAAAUGAAUAUUAAACAGAAUGGAACAUUA